AUCUCCUCAGAGAAGAGCUCACAUUCAAAAUGGCAGCGCCCUCAAAACAAAUCAUUUUAUCACUUUACAAGAAUAUGCUACGGGAAAGCAGUAAAUUUACUAGUUAUAACUACAGAUGCUAUGCAAUUCAACGUAUAAAAGAUGCUUUUCGUGAACACAAAGAUGAGUCAGAUCCAGACAAAGUGGCAGAAUAUAUAGCAAAAGCGAAUGACAAUCUAGGAAUAAUCAAACGACAGGUAAUAAUUAGCCAACUUUACUCAAGCCCACAUAUAGUAAUAGAGGAUUCUGGGAAAUCACCUCCUUCACCUGCAACAACCUAGCAACAGUAGAAACUCUAGACACAUUGGUGUACAUGUAAUGGGCUGUCACAAAACGCACAAGUUAGUCAUGUCACCCUGGAGACUAUGGAUAAAGAAAAGGACAUUUACAUGAAAGACAAAAUUAAAGAGCUAUGCUCAUAAUCAAAAAUGAGAAAUUUGACAAAUCUGACAUUACAGGCCAGUCAGAUAUUUUGGGGGGGGGGGGUGACAGGGUGACAGCAUCCUCCUCUGACACCCCUUCAAAAAUUAUUAAUAGUACCCUGAAUGAGGUAUAGUAUUACAUUGUGAAAUAACUUGUCAUGUGUGUGCAAAUACUAAUAAGGGAGUAGCCAGGGUAAAGAAUUAGACAAGACAAAU